CAAGUAGCGGCGACGGCGGCAGCAGCAGCACGCACACAUGGAGGUGUAUGCAUCAUGCCGUGUCAGUGUCGAUAUUCAUCGCGUUGCUCGUCGUUAAUAUCGCGUUCGUCCGUCAUUUAUCGCGAACGUUCUAUUAUCGUUUCAAUAAUAUUCGUCAAGGAAAUAUAAUGCAGUAUAGUGCAAUAUAAAAAUGGUGCAUUUCGUGGGAAAUGGGAAGUUUCGUGAAGAGGGAAGAAACUACCAGUAGUAGGAAACUAUUCGUCUUCGCGUCCUAUCGUUAAAAAAAGAAAAAAAUCAAGAGAGAAGAAAGAAUCAAAAAGAGGGAUAGUGAGAGAGAGAGAGAGAGAGGACAUGUUCUUAAGAAGUUAAAUAUUAAAAAAUAAAGGAUGCAUCGUGUGGUGUGUGAUUUGUUGGAACGUUGACACGUUCUAAGUCAAAAUAAAAAUAUAUAGAAAAAGACAGACGAAGCAGAGACAGGAAGAAGAGAGUUAGUCAGAACGAGUGAGAGAAUAAACAGGAAGAAAAAAUCGAAGCAAAGUGUUCGCCAAACUGAAUGUUUUUCGAUUGACAGAAUCGUUAGACAAGUGUACAUACGUCAAGAAGAUAGUUUUAAAAAGAGUGUUAGACAAAUCAAAAUAAAAAAAUAAAAAAAAACAAAACAAAACGUCAGGAGGUGCAUUUAAUUGAAAGUUAAAAGUAAGUUGUUUUAAAAAGACGCAUAUAUACGUAAGAGUAAAGUGAAAACAAGUGCAUAUCAAAAAGUUGAAGGGUGCCGUGAACGAGAGCGCGAAUUCGAGUCGCUUCCCCUCCUCCGUGUUAGGGGGAGGGUGGCAGGGGUUGCUUCGUUCGUAACUCUUGCCAAACGAGUGAGAGAGAGAGAGAGAGACACGAAUAGAGAUAGAGUGAAAGAGUGAAAGAGUGAAAGAGUGAAAGAGAGGGACGCAAAAGGCAACGUCAAGAUGUCGUCGUCAGGGCAUAGCAGUCGCGGUCGUGCAGUUUACAUUGGCUCGAUAUUUCAAAAGUUGCAGGGUCGUUUUACCGAUGCCAUGACGCCGCCUAAAUUGUCCACGGAUAAGCGUAUGCUGGACAAGACCUGGAAAUUGAUGGACAAGGUUGUUAAACUUUGUCAACAUCAACGUAUGAAUUUAAAAAAUUCGCCCCCUUUUAUCUUGGACAUAUUGCCGGACACCUAUCAACGUUUGAGGUUGAUUUAUAGCAAGUACGAAGACAGGAUGCAGAUAUUGCAUAGUAAUGAACAUUUUUGCGUCUUCAUUAACAAUCUUAUGCGCAAGUGCAAACAAGCGAUCAAAUUAUUCAAAGAAGGUAAAGAAAAGAUGUUCGACGAGUCGUCGCAUUAUCGAAGAAAUCUUACGAAAUUGAGCUUGGUCUUCAGUCACAUGUUAUCCGAACUCAAGGCCAUCUUCCCCAACGGUGUGUUCGCCGGCGAUCAAUUUCGCAUAACCAAAUCGGACGCCGCGGAAUUUUGGAGGGAACGCUUCGGUAACAGUACAUUGGUUCCAUGGAAGGUAUUUAGACACGAAUUAAAUCAAGUGCAUCAGAUAAGUUCUGGAUUACAAGCAAUGGCACUGAAAUCAACGAUAGAUCUCACGUGCAACGAUUACAUCUCUAAUUUCGAAUUUGACGUAUUUACGAGAUUAUUUCAACCAUGGUCGACAUUAUUGCGUAAUUGGAAAAUAUUGGCUGUGGCGCAUCCCGGUUACGUUGCCUUUCUCACGUACGACGAAGUAAAAGCACGAUUGCAAAAAUAUUGUAUCGCCAAACCUGGAAGUUAUGUAUUUCGAUUAAGUUGCACGAGAUUAGGUCAAUGGGCAAUCGGAUAUGUCACAUCGGACGGAGAUAUCCUUCAAACAAUACCGCACAAUAAAAGUCUUUGUCAAGCACUUUUAGACGGUUAUCGGGAAGGCUUUUAUUUAUUUCCCGACGGUCGUAACAUUAAUCCGGAUUUAACGUGGGCGGUACAACCAACACCGGAAGAACACAUUAAAGUUACGGCAGAACAAUAUGAAUUGUAUUGCGAAAUGGGUAGCACAUUCCAAUUGUGUAAGAUUUGUGCGGAACAUGAUAAGGAUGUUAGGAUAGAACCUUGUGGACAUCUACUUUGUACACCAUGUCUCACAGCUUGGCAGGUAGAUUCGGAAGGGCAAGGUUGCCCAUUUUGUCGAGCAGAGAUCAAAGGUACCGAACAAAUCGUAGUGGAUCCAUUCGAUCCUCGAAGAACACAUCGACCUGGAACCCUCACAUCAUCGUCAUCAUCAUCAAACAGUUCAUCAACCCCCACGCGGGAUCUCGACCCCGACACCGAGGAUAUAAUGGAGCUAAGGAACGGACUUAUUUGCGACGACUCGGAUGACGAAGAUGAUAGUAGUCCAACAAAUUCACCGAUAUUACCACGAAGAAUCGUACCAAGUCCACCGUUACCUCCAAGACGUCCAUCGCCAUCACCAACGCCGAGUAAUCAUCUUCGAAAUGGUCGUUCGCAUUUGGUUGUUCCAAAAGAAAAUGCACCACCUCCGCCAUCUUCUGUCACCGUCAUUUUAAGUUCAACCGUUGAUAGUCAACAUAAUAAAAUUAAUAACGAGGUGAAGUACGAUAUGUUACACAGAGCAUCCUCACCAUCACAAAUACCACCUGUACCACCUGCGGUACCACCCACAGUAAUCAGAGGAAGCAGUCACGUUCGAUCAUCUCACGGAAAUCACGUAUCCGCCAUAGUUCACGUUCCACCGAUAUUACCUGAGAAAGGAAAUCGUAUUAUUUCAACUAAUUGCACAGCAACAAUAACAACAGCGACUACGACGACUACUACUACUACCACGGUAAUGGCAACAACAACUGCAACUGCAACAACAAUAACAACAACAGCAAUAGCAACUACAACAACAACACCUACAACAACUACAACUUUAAUAAAUGCAAAUAAUAUUGUACCACCGGUACCACCACCCUUAUCUGCCCCGAGACCACCAAAAGGAAGCAAGGAAAUUUCCAAACAAGAUCACCAAUAUGAAAAUACAAUCGUCAUACCUGGUACAAGGCAACACGUUGUGAAAAAUAUCAAUUUCGAGGUAAACCGAGCACGUUUGACUGCUCUCAUGAAGGCUAGGGAUGAUAUUAAUGGUCCAACAAGCAAACCGGAAGCUGCUGCUUAUGAAAAUGUUAAUAUUGAACAUAUCACCAGGCUCACCUCGCUUGGUUUCGCACAGGAUGCUGUGAUAAGGGCUUUGGGUAUCACGAGGAACGAUUUUGAAAUGGCUUGCGACAUUUUGCACGAAUUCGCGACGAAAUCUUGACCCGGUAAUACAACACUUGGAUUUUUACCUAUUUAAUCUGAUUUAUAUCGUAGAUAUUUCUCUUUUUCGCUACGCGAUCAAUCGUGUUUCUUAUUGUUGCCUUUUUUCAUAUUUUUUUUUAGGCUCGACCACUGCUGGAUCAUGACCAGUUUUACCCAUAAGACAUUAUUUUUGACGUGGAAAACGUUAUUCUUCGAUCGUGAUAUAAGAUAUAUAGAGACUUCUAUGGUGUUAGGAAAAAAUCCUUUAGCCAAUUUAACUUCCUAUCUAUCUUAUCAAAUAUAACUAUCUCUCUGUAAUUGUUCUUUUUUUUUUCUUUCUUUUUUUUCCAUAUAAUUUAGCAUCAAACAAUGCUAAAAAUGUAAAAUCGUAUGAGAUAACUAACGAUGAAGAUUGCAUAAUCGUGAUGGAGUUAGCAUAAACGAAAAAAGGAAAGAAGAGUGAAGAAACGAUGAUAUUCGUUGAAGUAUAUUAUCUAUUUAAAAAAAAAAAUAAAUUAUUUAUAAUAAUUAAUAUAAAUAUAUAACAAUCACUCUCUUUAACGAUGUAUAAUCUUUAUUGUUAGUUAUGAUAAACGAGCACGAAAAAAACUACGUACGCAAACUCCCAUUUAAAAAUACCGUGGUAGAUUUUGUGCGAUUACUUGGGACUGACGAAUUCAAGAAAGAAAUAUAAAGAUAUUAGUUAUAAUAGUACUAAAA